GGCCAGUCUUCGUUUGUUUACCACUAGAACUAGAACAGCAAAACUCGGAUCCAACCAAAACGAAACUCUAAAAAAAAUGGCUGAAUAUAAUAAAGCUAAAAUUAGUAAACUGGUCCUAAAGGGGGAAAGUUCAAAAGGCACGAAGCGAAAACACAAAAAGGAUAAGAAGGAUAAGGAAGCAAAGCGUGCGCUCGUCGUCGACACGGAUGCGGUAAAGCACGGUGGCUGGUGGAUAGUGACAAAAACCAGUGAUAUUACCGGUUCGAUUGCGCUUCAGUUUGAUAAGCAAGCUUACGUGAAGGCGUUGGACAAUGGGCUUUUUACGCUGGGUGCACCCCACAACGAAGGUGACCCACCGGAUCCGGAAGAAAUAUUCAGUGCCGUACUGAUCAACGAGCAGAAGGUCGCAUUCAAGUCCGGUUACGGCAAGUACCUGAAGGCGGAAAAGGAUGGGAUGAUAACGGGUCGUUCAGAUGCCGUGUCGGCAUUGGAACAGUUCGAGCCGGUGUUUGACCAAGGCAAAAUGGCUUUGCUCGCUGCGAACGGAUGUUUUGUAUCGGUGGACCCCGAGGAUGAUGCGCUAGUAGCCAUCAAGAAAAAGGUCGGCAGCGAUGAAGUGUGCAUGAUUAGAAGCUGUGCUGGCAGAGAAGAUAUCUCCAACAAGGAGCUGCCCGCCGAGGAAUCGGGCAAUCUAGACCAAGUCGAAUUAAACUAUGUGAAAAAGUUUCAGAAAUUCCAAGAUAAAAAGAUACGCGUCAGCAACGAGGACAAAGUUGCUCUGAAAAAGGCAAAGGACGAAGGAGCACUGCAUGAGGCGUUGCUGGAUCGCCGAAGUAAGAUGAAAGCGGAUAGAUACUGCAAAUAAGGACAUUCUCACCGUAUAAUAAACUGUGCACGGACGAUGGUUAAGAUAAAGUA